UGUGUUAGUGAGAGUCAGACAGAGAGUGAGAGAGUAGGCAGUGUUGGAAAACACGAAAAGUGCGAUCUGGCACACUGGUUUUCCUGCUCGCACUUACCGAAAGCAAAUGUCAAAGUCUGUUCAGAAAAACAGAAUUGCAGCCGAGAAAAGGCAGAAUCAGCGACAAAAUUAGAAAUUAUCUCGUUUUUACAUAUAGAUUAGGCCAACGAAACGACAUAACGCCUCCGUGUGGUAAAUUUUCCAAUGGAGUCGGCGAAGGAUUUUGCGCGAUCGAAGUACCAGGACUUAUGUAACUUCCUGGAGCGGGACACUCGCGGGAGCGAACUGGUCAUCUACGGCACCUCGGCCCUUUUGCUGGCUGUGGCCUACGUGAAGAGGAAGCCGGCCUACCUGGUGCGCCAGUUUAAGCAGCCCUCGCACAUCCCGGAGCGCUUGAUCAGCGAGCGUGUGAUGCACACUGGCCGAAUUGCUGGAGUAAAGCAGCAGGAGCAAGACACCCUGUUGAUGAUCCAGCACCGACCAUUGAUUCCUAUCUUCACCAGCAGAAGCCGUCUUCUGCCCGUGAAGCUGCCGGGUGUUCGUGUGAAUGCCAACGGCUACUCCUGGCUGCAGCAGUGCCUCAUUGGCCGCGAGGCCACCUUCCUGCCCCUGAAACAGGCCAAGGGCCAGGACUUUGUCGUCUGCCAGCUGUGUCUUGUCCAUCCACCUAAGGGCAACCGUCUACUGGACGUCUCGGAGACCCUGCUUAAGCUCCGCUUCGCCAAAUUUGCCCAGGACGCCGCCUCCGCGGUGAAAAAGAAUGGGAAAUACUACCAGCAUUUGAAGAAGGUGGAGCAAACCACCGCCGAAAAGGAGGCCUGGCUGACCUGGGCAUCCGGCUAUCCCUAUAUCUGGCGCCGCUACAACGAACUGAAGCAGCGUCUGCUGCCCAAGGAGAAGCUCCUCCCGGAGUUGGUGCGCUGAUGCUGAUCUCCAACCUCUGCCUUACACUUAGUUAGAGGGCUAGCUCCCUACCAUUAACUUAGUUCUACGGCUAGCUUAUCAUAACCUUAUGUGCUCUUUUCACUGGCUUGUACAUUGUGGUAGCCCAACGGCUACUGAAAUUGAGAGACAGCUGUAGCCAAGCCCUCGAGCACAAACACACAACGCAGUGUAAAUAGUACAUUAGUUAUAGGAUUAGCUAGCGACUUACCAAACGAAACAAACGAUAAUCGAUGCCCAGGCGGUACGUGAUCGUGUGCUAAUUUCCACACCCAGUAAAGCCGCAGCGCUAGCAUUUUAUUUUUUCAAAUGUUCAAACAAACAAAAUUUUGUUUUUACCAUCGGUGACAUCAGUGCGUGUGCCUGUGUGUGUACGUGUGCGUGCAUGUUCCCAAAUAAAUCGAGAAAAUACUUAAA